UAUCUUGUAAUCACUUCCUAUGUUAAGUUCAACUGAGUCAACCAUGCAAAAACCAAACCCAACCAUGCCCAACACCCACGUAAACACUAUUUCUGACGACUUAAUGGUCGAAGUCUACGGCAGCAACAACGCUUGGUUCAAGGCUUGGGUGAUAGAUGUGUUCAAAUCCAAUGCGCUAUGUACCUUCGAAAAUGGGUGGAAGCCAGACACACGGAUACCAUUUUUGAGGAUCCGAAAGCUUCCAGAUUAUUCCAUAAACUACAACUAUACGCUGAACGAAGAAGUUGAAGUGAAAAGUAACACAAACCCAAGCUGCUGGUGGCCAGCUACCAUAAACUUGAUCAGUGGUGACAGAAACACAUUCUCCAUAGUCUACUCCCCGACCAACAACUCUCAAAGUAACUAUGCCGGCGACCUAGUGGGACGUGAUAGGAUUCGACCUUUGACUCAGAGCAAGUUUAUCCACGAAGCGAUGUUCUUUAAAUACGCGGUUGAUGUUCCCGAUAAAAUGAGGGAAUGUGCUGACAUUCCGGGAGUUCUGGACGAGGCUGCUUUCUCACACUUCAAGGAGGACACUGGAGCUAGUCUCAUCAGAUAUGACAAGGACACCAACCAGAUUGUUGUAUUGACUCCACACCACGAAUGUUAUAAAGACGUUUCUGCGUGCUUCGAAUAUCAGUUGUCCCUUCUCGAGAAAAAAGUGGACCAGCUCUUACGGAAGAAACGCUAUGCUGAUAGAUUACAGGACACACCGGCUUCAGAGGAGAAUACCGAUGAUAAAUUCAACUACAGAUCUCAAUUAUCACAAAACACAUCAUCCGCAUCAACCACUAAUCCACAAACGCAAUAUCGAGAAGAAUUCAAGAUUCAUCCAAACUUCAUGGGGUUAGCUAUCGGAGCACGUGGCAAGAAUAUCAACGAGUGUCGGAGAAUUCCCGGCAUCAUUGCUCUGGAUCUGGAGGAGGAAGCCUGUCAUUUCAAAAUAGUUGGGGAGACUAAGGAGGCUGUUCAACAAGCCCGGAACAAGUUGGAGUACAGCGAGCUGAUUAUCGAAGUGGAGCGGGAUAUUGCAUCUCGCAUCAUCGGAAGAAAAGGACAGACGAUACAGAAGAUUGUAGACGAAAGUGGUUGUGUCAGAGUUAGACUGGAUAAUCCUCUGAACCCAGAUGGUACAGAAAGUCAGAUAACGAGGUUUAUCUUCACUGGCACUCAGCUCGCUUUGAAGCACUCUAAGAUCCUUACCAAUUGUCAAGUCCAACAUGCCAAGGAUACAGUAGCUCUAGCAGAACAGAAUCUGCACGCUGACAGCAUGUUGAGGAGUAAGCUGUACUGCAACCCUUCACCUAGAACUGCUCCUCUGCUCACUCCUCGAGCUCCAAUCACCCCUCCCUACCCUAGUGACAACCCGGCAGAUAAGAAGGGUGUAACACCACUGGUACCUGACUGUACUUCUACUCCCGCUGCUAUGUUGACCAGGCAGGCAACCAUCGAUCACAACCAGACUCCAACACUGCCCCCCAUGGACAUGCCCAGGAUUGAACUUAUGGCUGCAGGUCUUACAAUAGAGACACAGACAGAGCCCCUAGAAGUUGAGUUUGUAAAGCCUGCUCCCCCUCCGCCAGCCAAACACGAGGCCCAUAUAAAACAAGUACAGCUGCAAGAAGAAUCAAAGAUCCCGAGCCCCAGGCAGCCACUACAACGGAGACCCCAAUACCAGCGCGAGAACGUUCGAGAUAACGCUCCCCGUGAGACGUACCGUACCCACGUACGUGACCCAGCUGGAAGGAGGGUCAGGGAGAGCCCUCGUCCAGUCCCCAGUAGAGAUCACCGGGCCAGUCUACCCAGUAAAUCUACUCCUCUACUCAAUAAACCUGCUGGAACUAAGCCCUUGUCUAAACCUGUCUUGCAGAAACCGAGAGUGGACAUCAAGUUAGCCAAUGAGAAGAUUGGUUCUGCUUUGGCCGGAGAUAAGACGAAAGCAGAGGAAGUAAGAACUGAACAGCAAGCCGCUAUAGAGGACCUGAUCAAGGCAGAACAGAUCAGCACCGUUGAUAAACCCGUAACCUUCCAAGAUGAAGAUAAGGAAAACAACCGAAACGUCCAACCGACUACGAUUAACAACCAGAACGUCAAGGUAGACAACCAGAAGAAGGAAAACGAGAACAUCACAAAAGUAGUUGAGAACGCGGGGGAACAGAUCCUACAGACAAUGGUCAAUGAGGCUCUAGUGUGCGAGUUUAGCCCGGCUAACUAGCUUGCUAGUUACAAUUGGAAGCUAUUAUAAGACUAAGUUAAACUGUAGUAUUUGCCGUUAAACGGUUAUUUAAGUAAUAUUAUGUUGUACAACUUCUUUACCAAGUUGUAAUUGUAAAGACCACUAUUCUUGUUAGAUUUUCGACGUGGUAUUUUUCAUUUUUCACUAUUUUUCAUGCGUGUGAGUCGUGUCACAUUACACCAUUAUUUUUAAGUCCUAUAAGUUUAGAGCUAUAAAAGUUUAAGAGUAUAACGUUUAACGUAUCGUUAGAUUUGAUUCAAGUUUAAAUUCAGAGUACCAAUUACAUUUAUGUAGUACUAAAUUAGUCAGAAAACCCUAACGUUACAUUAAAGAUCCGGUUUGCAGAUUAAUAACGAAGGUGAACACUGAACGCCUUGCGACUUAAAUUGGACCAAUUGUAAAAUGUCGAAGUUUUCGUUUCUAAAGAAAUAUCACAAAUAUGCAUUACAUAUGAACGUAAUUUAAUACAAUAAAACCGCGAUUUUUAGGAAUCUCGAUUAAUUAGAAGUUUUCAAUAAAUUUGAUUCAUCUAAAUUAGUGAAAACUCGUGCAAAUUGCGGUUUGAUUGUUUUUUACAUCUAAAUUAUUAUUGUUAUCAUAUUUAAAUUAUUAAUAUUACUUCGCUAGUUGGUAUUGACUCUUGAGUCUAAACGGCUACUUUCUAAAGAAUAAAUUUCUGUGAUCCUUAUCAACAGGUUAUAGAACUGUUAUAUAUGUGUUUUUGUCAAUAAUUUAUUCACGGCGAAACCACGAACUCCGAGACUGGUCCAGGAUUUGAUAGUAUCAUCAAGUAAAAAUUUAAAAUUUGCUUACGAUUUCGUACAUCAAAUUUUUUUCCGACCUAAUUUUAUUUUUAAAUUUUCCGGCUAUCGUAUGUAGUUAAAAUGGUCCGGAGUUCGAAGUUGACCUGUAGUUUCUAAUUCUAUUUGAAAUUUAUGUUCAAGUUAAAUUUUAAUGUUUAUGACGUUUUGAGGAGGUUUUAAUGGUCAAUAAAGAAUUGAGUGUAACAAUUUUUAUAGUUUCUUGUUAAAUCAAUGGUAUUGUAGGACGUAGAAAUGGUUUGUGUAAUUUAUUUAAAUUGUAGCGUUCCAAAAUUAUGUAUUAUAUUUCUAUUUGCUAUUUGUUGUCAGAGAAA